AUGACGGAAAUUGCAGAGACCAGCGUCUACGGCUUCGGAAAUGGUUCGUGGGUUCAACCAGAACCGAUGUGUCAAGAAUCUUACAGAAUCCACUCCAGAGGCUUCUGGUUCGGAGACAAUCCUCUCAAAUGCAGCCUACCUUUCGUGCUUGUCCAAAUCGCCCUGAUUACUUCCAUCACUAAUUCCAUCCACUUCUUCCUCAGGCCUCUCAGACAAUCCAAGUUCGUCUCCGAAAUCAUUGGUGGUAUAAUCUUGGGUCCCUCCGUCCUAGGCCGCAGCAAGAAAUUCAUGGAGACGGUAUUUCCGAUGGAAGAGAAGAUGCUGAUGAAUAUAUUAUCGUCACUGGCAUCAAUCUAUUUCUUCUUCCUGGCCGGCGUCAAGAUGGACACGAAUUCGAUCGUAAGGCCCAGUGUGAAGGCAUUCAAAAUUGGCUUCGCAUGCUUCCUGAUUCCUUUCGGAAUCAUGAUGUUUGUCAACCUCAAAAUCAGGAAACUCUUCUGGGAGCUAGGCCCUGAACACUUUCUUUUCUCUGUGUCAAUGCUGAUAUCCACCACUCCCUUGCCCAAUCUGGCUUACACCAUGAAUGAGUUCAAUCUCCUGACCUCUGAGUUGGGCAAGCUUGCCAUGUCCAGCGCAGUUGUGGGCGAUGUGGUGGUGUAUUACAUCGUGACACUCUACCAUGUUUUUUGUCAGGAAAGCUUUUUUGACUCGCUUCGAUUUGCAGCGUCCUUGAUUGCAGUGUUCGGUUUCUUGCUUUUAAUCUUGCGGCCUGCCGUGUUACGGAUUAAUCGGAGAACGCCGGAGGGGCGGUCGGUUGAUCAGGUAUACGUGGUAGCUCUACUGGUGGGGGUGCUCGUCCUGGUAUUCCUCUGCGACAUGGUGGGCAUAAUGCCCACCCACGGAGCUCUUCUGUUGGGGCUGAUUGUACCGGAAGGGUCGUCCCUCGGCGUCGCCAUUGUUGAAAAGUUCGAGACCAUGGUCGAAUUGUUCCUUCUUCCUUUUCUGGUCAUACACUGUGGGAUCUCCACCGACGUGUUCAAGAUUCAAAGCAUGAGUUCCUUUGCAGAAUUCCUGUUCUUCCUCUUCACGGGAUUUGUGGGGAAGAUGAUGGCAACGAUCUCAAUCUCAGUCUUCUGCAACUUCAGCCUUCAAAAUGCAUGGUUCCUUGGGCUUAUCAUGAACAUCAGAGGCAUCAUAGAUAUAGCCACCUUCAUACGUUGGAAAGAAAACACGAUGGUGAACGAGCAAGCCUUUACUGUGCUGGUUCUCACGGCGGUCCUGUCGACGGCAGUUGUGACGCCAUUGCUGACAAUCUUCUACAAACCUCCGAGAUAUUUCGCAGAAAGAAUCAGGGGAUCGAUCCAAGACGCUCGACCCUAUUCCGAAUUCCAAAUUCUUUCCUGCGUCCACAACGAUCAAGACGUCCACCCCAUGAUCACCCUCCUCGAAGCUUCCCAUCCCAACAAGGACAGCCCCUUGUCCGUCUACGUGCUCAACCUGAUCGAGCUGAUCGGCCGAUCUCUGGCUGUGGUAUCCGGCCCCUCUGAACAGGAAACGGCGACGUGCCACCAGCCAACCGGCAGCAAACAGCAUAUCGAAGGCGCCUUCAGGAACUACGCAGACAACUCCGAUGGGCUAGUCAAUGUCCAGUCUUUCACUGUGAUUGCCCCAUACAAAAACAUGCACGAGGAUAUAUGCAGUCUAGCUCAUCAGAAGUCUGCAACUCUCAUCAUCAUGCCUUUCCACAACAACGACGCCAUCAUGGGUGGAAAAGUCGGUGCCUUAUCCAGCCUUAACCAUAAUCUAAUAGCUGUUGCGCCUUGCUCUGUGGGGAUUCUUGUAUACCGCAAUCAUGGCGUCCACCAUUCGUCUCUGCAUUCCGAUAUUUAUCUGAAUGUAGCUCUGAUCUUCAUAGGAGGAGCAGAUGAUCGUGAGGCACUGGCGUAUGUCAACCGCAUGUCUGAGAGCCCCAAGCUGAGAAUUACUGUGAUUAGGUUCCAAUUGUCGCAUAACAUCAAUGGGGAUCAGGAUGAGAAGCAGCUGGAUGACUCGAUUGUACGGGAGUUCAGACUCAAGAACAUGAACAAUGAGCGUGUCACGUACCAGGAGGUGGAGGUGGAGGUGGAGGAUAUAGAGAAGUUGCUCACUGCAAUGUCUGCUCUACAGAACGACAUUGGUUAUGAUCUUUUGAUUGUGGGACGAGGAGAUUGGACAAAUGGAGAUGGGAUGGAUGGGAGAGAGCAUCCGGAGCUGGCUUCAUCUUCUAUUCAAGGUCUUGCAAUUGCUAAGGUUCAAACAUCUACUAUGCCCAUUCACUCGAUUGAAGAAGAAGAGAUUUUUGGAAUGGUGUUGGAUAACUUAAAAAUUCUAGUGCUAGAGGAUGGAAAAGGAAUCACAGAAAAUGAGAAUAUAGAAAAAAACUUAUAG